AUGCAUCGUAAUCAAGGUGUUUUAAUAACUUUCUUGUCCGACUCUGAUUCUGAUGAUCUCGAGAUGCUCGUAGAAGCAACUGAGGAGGAGGAAGCCGAGAGAGAAAUACAACGCACACAUCGUCGUGGUUCAGUUCUUGGUAGAUGCGUCAUUAAUCGCGAUAGAGGAGAAGAUUUUCGUAUGCACAGACCUCUAUUUUGUAGAAUUCUUUCUGAUGUUGAAGUAUACGAUCCCAAUUUUGUCCAAACAAAAGAUGCAGUAGGAAUCCCCGGUUUAUCAUCUCUUCAAAAGGUAAUUGCUGCAUACAGAAUUCUUGCUUAUGGAGUUCCAGCUGAUUUUCUAGAUGACCACAUACGCAUAGGUAAAAGCACUUCUAGUGAUAGCUUACGUCAUUUUGUGAAAGCAAUUGUUGCCAUUUAUGCUGAAAAAUAUUUAAGAGCACCAAAUGAAGAUGAUUUGUCUCAAUUGCUCCAAGUCAACGAGCAACGUGGAUUUCCAGGAAUGCUUGGAAGCUCGCUCAAUGAUAUUAAUGUUUUAGAAAGAUCUCAUAUCUUCUCAGCAUUGACCAACGGUCGUGCACCUCCGGUCAAUUUUAUUGUCAAUGGAAAUAAUUAUCAUAUGAGCUAUUAUCUAGCAGAUGGCAUUUACCCUUCAUGGGCUACUUUUGUUAAGACAAUAUCAGCUCCAAUAAGUUUAAAGGCGAAUCAUUUUGCACAAGCCCAAGAAGCCGCGAGAAAAGAUGUAGAACGGGCCUUUGGGGUACUACAAGCUCGUUAUAAUAUAGUGCGUGGACUAGCAAGAUUCUGGGAUGAGGAGACACUAGCUAAUAUAAUGUAA